CUGAAAUGUGGUGGUUCCAGCAAGGCCUCUCAUUCCUGCCAGUGGCACUGGUUGUGUGGUCAGCAGCAUCGUUUGUGUUUUCCUACAUUACUGCAAUUGUCCUGCACCACGUUGACCCUUUGGUGCCCUACAUCAGUGACACAGGGACAAUACCACCUGAAAGAUGCUUAUUUGGGAUCAUGUUAAAUGUUUCAACCUUCUUGGGGAUGGCCACCAUGUACGUCCGGUACAAGCAAGUGUCUGCCCUGAGCCCAGAAAAACCCAAGAUCCUGAGGCUGAAUAAGCUGGGCCUCACGCUGGGAUGGAUGAGCUGCUUUGGACUCUGCAUUAUUGCAAAUUUCCAGAAAUGCGUCCUGUACUACAUCCAUGUGCUGGGAGCCUGCCUGACCUUCGGGGUGGGGUCCAUUUACAUGCUGGUUCAGACCAUCCUGUCCUACCUGAUGCAGCCAGAACUUCACAGCAAAGACAUCUUCUGGGCCCGCCUGGCCGUUCUCCUGUGGAGCUGUUCCAGCAUCUUGAGCAUGUUUGUGUCCUCAGUUGUGUUGUACAGUGGCUUGUAUGGACAGAACCUGGUGCAGAAGCUGCACUGGGACCCCCAGGAAAGAGUAAGUGAUUGGGUGGGAAAUGGAGUCCAAAUCCAGCUGGAUUUGGAGGGACAGGGCUACACCCCCCACAUCAUCAGCACCGUCUCUGAGUGGUCACUGGCAUUCUCCUUCCUCAGCUUCUUCCUCACCUACAUCCGUGACUUCCAGAAAAUCUCCCUGCGAGCCGUGGUCAGCCUGCAGGGCCAGACCCUGCACGAGAGCCCAGGGAGCUUCAGGGCAGAGGAGCAGGCACUGCUCAUAGCAGGGAGCAUCUGAUGGAUGGAGAGAACUCAGGAAUUCAAUAGCAAUAACAGCUGUUAUUUCUACACAUUUAUUUUAUAUAAAAAAAAGUAUGAAGUUAUUGUCAUGUCAAAUCUUGUACUUGACAUCAAGGGCUUUGCACAGCUUUGCAAAUGUUACCAGUACUGUGAAUGAGUCUGUGACAUUUCUACAUUUCCCAGUGUCAUGAAGGAUUAAAUGAAGGUUAUUAAUGA